AAACGCACGCAAGCGAAAGUACGCAACACACCACUGCGACAUCCCUCCUAACUUUAGCGCUAGUGCAUCCACCUACAUUAUAUUAUACCGCCGCCGCAAUAUCCGGCGUUGGCGCGGUGCUCGUUGUGCGUCCGCGGUCCGCUGCAGAUUUGACGCCACCCGUUCUGGCGAACAUGCUGAUACUGCAGCGAACGGGAGAAUAAUCGAAUAUCGUACUGCUGAAGUGUAUAGAGUGGUCCCGACCAGGAGACCGUGAUAUCAACCGUGUAAAACUGCCGCAUAAUCGGCAAAUGGCGCCCAGGGACAACCAGGAGCUAGUGCCGCUUACCGACGGCAGCGGCCGUCCGAACGAUGACGACGAACUGGAGGGCCAACGGCCGCAGAAGAGAUCGGCCGCUACGUGUCUAGAUGACAACGAUGGCGGCGGGGGCGGCGGCAAAGGACAGCUACAGACGGCAACGAACGACAUGAAGACAUCCAUGCUCGCCUGUCAGCAGGUCAUCGGACUUGGAACGCUCUGGAGAUUUCCCUACGUGUGCCUCAAGUACGGUGGUGGUACAUUUUUAAUACCAUAUAUGGUCAUUAUGUGCUUAGUGGGUUAUCCAUUACUUAUUAUGGAAAUCGGUAUCGGUCAAAAAUUGAGGCACAACAGCAUAACAAUAUGGACAACAAUUAAUCCUCAGUUAGGAGGUAUUGGUAUAGUUAUGUGCUUAGUUAAUAUCGGUAUGGCUUGCUACUACGGAACGAUCAUAAAUUGGGGAACUAAAUAUAUGAUCGACAUGAAUAAGUUUCCAGACUUGUGGCCUCCGCAUGGGCAACCAUCUAUUGAUCCCAAAAGAUCUCAGUCAUUCUGGCACAAAACUGUGUUAAACGUAACAAGUUCUAUGGAUGAAACUAGUGAUAUACAAACGGGUCAAGCAUUUUCAUUGUUUUUCACAUGGUUUUCUUUAGCUUUAAUGUUGGCAGCAGCUUGGAUUACAUGUAAAAACAAGUAUAUACAAGUGUUCAUUAAUUUUUCGAAUUCAAUGUUUCAAAGAUUACCAUUUUAUAUUCAAAUUAUGACAUGUGCAAUUCUACCAUUUUUGUUAGUUGUUGUAUACAUUGUAGAAUCAGGUUAUGGAUAUAUUAGCUUCUUGUAUAUCACGUCUGUAGAGUUAAAAGACUUGUUGGUUUUCCCGAUCUGGGUUGACGCAGUUAUCCAAGUAUUUUGUUCAUUGGGAUUAGUACAUGGUCCGUGGACGUCUUUCGGUUCAUCUUCUAAACGUAAAAGCAAUUUUCUGUUGACUGCUACUGUGGUGGUAUCUUUCAGUUUCAUUUUAGUCUUUGUGUGGACUUGGUUUAUAGUUUCCACAAUAAUACCAAAUGUUUUACAAGACAUUAAAAAUUGCGUAAUCGGAUCAGCUUAUAAAUGGGAUAAUUCUAAAGACAUGCCUGCCCACGUGUUUUACAGCAAUAAUUAUGAUGCGCUAAUUGCUAGUCGAAAAUUAGACGACACUCUGAUGAGUUUUGAUGUACAAGAAUGUAACAUGGAAAAUCAAUUCAAAUUGGCAAGCAAUGGUGUUGGGCUGAUGUUUAUAGCACUCGGAGAGUUUACUACAACUUUUUCAUUUGAGAAAAUUACUGGCUAUAAUCAAACCAAAUUUGUCAUUAACAUUCCGCAAAUACUAAUUCUAACAAUUGGUACAGCAUGGUUGAUACGUGUUUUGAGCUGGUUUGUCUGGGCACUUACUGAAGUUAAAUGUUUAAAAAAAUUGUCUACAUUUAGUAUUUCAAGCAUACUUUGUACAAUAUGUUGUAUCUGUGGAUUGGUAUUUACAACUAGAACGGGUGUAUAUUGGCUGUCAUUAUACACAGAAGUUUUUAUAAAUCCGUGUUUAACGGUGUUAGCUCUUUGUGAGGUUCUAAUUAUUGUUUUCAUUUAUGGAUAUAAACAAUUCUUACUUGAUAUAUAUGAUAUGACUGGACAUACAAUUGGUCGUCUUUCUAUAUUCAUCUGGAGACAUGUUACUCCAAUGUUGCUGAUAUUAACAUUCUCGUCUAUCUUGACGGUUGGUAUUUUGGAUGGAUUCAGAUAUGAAGUCUGGACACAUAGAAGUAAUUUCUUAACAAAGAUGAGGUAUCCAUACUGGGCUCAACUAAUAGUUUGGGCGAAUACAGCUGUAUGCCUUCUACUAAUAUUGGCAUUCUGCAUAGUGGAUAGUCGACAAAACCUGACUUUCAAAUUUUUAGAAACCCUGAAUAAAGCGAAAAAAACUACUAGUGGACAUAUCAAGCGAUCAGACUCGGGGUUGUCUGGAAAAGGCAUUAUCACUGAAAUUGAUUUUGACGAUUGUCACGAUUCCGAGAAUGAUGAGGAGCUAGAUACUUCACUAGCCCAAGCUCCAGUACGUAUGUAUAAAAUUGAGGUUCUCGACUCUUGGAAAUCUGCAAGAGGUCAAGUUUACCUUUAAUACGGGGCUUUAUACGCGUCAUUAAGUUAUUCUUGUGUUAUAAUAAUAUGUUGUAACUUAUGUGUAUAGUUAAAAUUUAUACCAUGAUUAUAAUAUUAUGUAUCGAUGUGAUUUAAACUAUAAAUUUAUACAAAUAGCUAUACAUUUAAUUUCAAAGUAAAUGUUUUUAUGCAUUGGUAUAUACUAGCUAUAAAUAGUAUAGGUAUCUAUCCUAUAUACAUUUAGUGAAUUCAAUAUCAAUAUCAUUUGUUUUCCAAAAUUACUUAAAGAGCUGUUCAUGGUUAAUAUAAUAUAAUAUAAUAUAAUAUAAUAUAUAAUAAUAUAGGAACGCCGAACACCACGUGAGAUUUAAAUUAAAACAGUAGAAUAAAGAUCAAGUUGUUAAGACCAAAUCAUCAUAGCAGUAGUUCUAUGAAAAUAAUAUUUGUGACUAUGACUACGUUUAUGUAAGUACUAAGUACUUAGGUACAUUUUUAAACAAACGUAUUAGUAUUAUAAUAUUGAAGUAGGUACCUGUGACCUUCCAACUAUUAGCAAAGAUAGACCAAUGUUCAUGCAAAAGCAAAUGUAUUGCUCACCUAAAUCUACCAUUUACUAUUAUACAAUUGGUACGUUCUAAUUUCUUCAAAAUAAGAAAACCAUAAGUGUUGUGAAUAAUUAAUUAAUUAAAAGAAAUAUAAUAUGGAUUUAAAAUGUACUUAACUGUAAUAACAUGAAAUUCUUAUACAUCAUAAUAUGGGUGCCAGUUAAAAUCGCAUAAAAAAAAAAACAAUAUAAUAAUAAU